AAAGAUCAUUAAUAAAAAAAAUAACAUCAGAUCAAGCUAAAAAAGGGCGUAUCUUGUAAACUCAAGUAAACAAAGCUUCUGGGUACAGGUGUCAGCUCUUUGACAAAAUACUUUUUGAGCUGACAAAAUAGAUACUAGCUAGACUAGACUGUGAUUGAGCUGAAGUAACUCUGCGGAUCAGGGCUAUACACUUAUCUUGCAGCUACUAGAGUCCCUGGCCGCCCCAGGCCAGGGCAGGUUAGGAAGGUCAGGACAAUGGCAGCAAGUCAUGAUCUGGGUCAGCAACUCUAUAAGGCUUCCCGUGAUGGUCGUGUGGACGAGGUGGAGAGGCUGCUGGCUAGAGGAGCUCCUAUCAACUGGAGGGACAGUGGUGGACGGACCGCUCUCCAUUGGGCAUGCAUCAACAACCACCCUGAUGUAGUGAAGAUACUCACACAGCAAGAUGGCAUCGAUGUCAAUGCACAGGAUACUUAUAAGAACACUCCCCUGCACAAGGCCUGCUACUGUGGACACUUGAAGUGUGUCCAGUUACUGAUGGCAACUGGACAGUGUGACCUAGGAGCUGUUAACUAUGAUGGACUAACUCCACUGGGAGGGGCAGUCAGAGUAGGGAAGCUGGACACUAUCAAGUACCUCAUCACAGAGUGCAAUGUGAAUAUCAAUGGAACAAUAGGUUUCAUGGCUCCUGAAGCUGUCUCCUGCCAUGAUGUAACCUCUGUAGAACUGAUAUUCUAGACCAUUCCAGCAUAGUUACUAUAAUUAUAAUUAUGUUUUGUAUUUAAGUCACCAUGUAUUGUUGUUGCACCAGUUGGCAUCACAGUACCUUAUUGCUGUUAUUAUUCUGCUGUUGAACAUCUUCAAUACUAGAAGCUCCACGCUUUUGGGUCAAACUGAUCGUUACCCCAAACUGGUUAUUCUCUACACAUAGCUAUAGUUGUUAAAUAGAACUGUCCAUCUAUUUCAGGGAGAAAAGUAAAUUUUUUUGCUUCUGGUUGACAAAACAACCGCAUGUCUCAUGUGUACAGAUUCAUCCUGCAUUUUGGUUGCUUUAACCAAUAAAUGCUUUAUACCAUGGAUAGUGAUGACUAUAUCACUCGUCCGUGUGCCUAGUAUAACUGUCACUUGUGCUUUGCAGGCAGUCAUGCAUUUACUGGCACAGACUCGUGAUAAUCUUCAGUAUUAUAAUAUCUAUGGAUAAUUAUCAUAAUAACAGAUAAGUCAGUAAUUAUUUUGAUGUUGCCUUUCCCUGCGGAGAGAGAGCAGGUUUAGUAAUACAAUAGCACAAUAUACAACUAUUAAUCGAUCCUUUGUUGUACAACUUAUACUUGUGCUAUAAAUACUUCUUUUAAUUACAUACAUUUUGUUAUGACAUCAUUAUAUUUCUAGGGAGGAGGGUACCAAGACGCCCACCCUCUCUACGAAACCCUGCCAGUAUUAGUGAAUGAUGCAUGAUGGGGGAAUUGCGUAUAUAAUAAGAAAAGUGGAGCCUUAGAGGUCAUCUGCCUCGUGAAAGUGAACGCAAUUCUGAGAAAACGCCCAUUGUCCAAGUUGUAUAGUCGACUAGAAGCUGUAUCCUGAACAUGUUUGUAUAAUGACUUUCCAAGAAUAAUUAUUACUUACUACACUUAUUCAAGAUACUAAUCCGACUUUUAAUUGCCUUAAUGGUUGUAAUUAAUUUUGUUUUAAAAGAGUGGGAACAAUCACUGCAUGCCUGUAACUGUAUUACUGUAUGGAUUUAGUGGAGGUAGUUAUACUAAGUAAUAGUCAGUCAGACGAAACACGAUGGAAUUUGAAAAUAGUGCAAUUUUUCAUAAGGUAUAGCAAUAAGUGUACUUUAACCCUUUCCCCGCUUUAGCCGACUAUAGUCGGCAUGGCUACUGAUAAAUUUCAAAAAAUCGUUGUGCACACUGUGUUGGAGCUAUGCACACACUGCAGGUACUAGCACAUGUGCAUUGAGCUGCUCUUCCACAUGGUAUUUUUAAUAUUUUGCUUGGAGGUACGGUUCGAUCAGAAUUGUCGAAAGAAAAGUGACCGUUUUAUAAUUGCUACAAGAUCUUUGUAGUACAACCUCAGGGAGGUUCUAGGGAAGCUAGAGAGUGAGAAUAUAGAUGCCUAUAUGGCCUUGUAGAGUGAGAGGACAGUGACUGAGAUCAUAGCUAGGUAGGAAACUUCCUUUCAGAGGUCAAGCUAAAAAGAAAGAGCCUGAGAAUCCUGAGGAAGACGCACUUGAGGUGGACCAUCUUCCUGAACCUGGUAAGUCACUAUAGAGUAGCAUUUGUAGUCUUGAUAGCUUCACUAUAGGUUUGUUUAGGCUAGUUAGUACAACAGUGGACAUCAUGAGCCACCAUUAAACUUGUAAACCUGUGUGUAGGUGAAGAAAAUAUUUCCUGGGAAAAGGGCGUCUGCCGAUAGAACCUCAAUUACAAGUUUCUGCAGAUCCUGAUUGAGUCCUGAGUCAGCCAUGUCACCGUGAAAACAUUCUGAACACUUAUAUAAUGUGUUCAGUCACUUCGUAACAUCACACAAUAUUGUUUGUGUACAUAAUUAUGAAUUUUUGUUAACAAUUGUUAUUUGUGGGGUGGUGGUUGGUUGCUAGGCAACAAUGAUGAUUCCAUGAAUGCGACAGGUCCGGUUCUACCUGUGGAACUUUGUUACAAGUGUUUUUAAUAUACGGUUCAUGAGUUAUAAAUUUUUUAAACAAAAUAUGCGAAUAUUCACUUUUAAUUAAAGCAGGGAAAGGGUUAAGCC